AUGGGAGAUAUUUAAGGUGAGAGCGGGCAAAACUUAAUUUAAUCUGAGUCUAUAGGUUUCUUUGAAAAAGUGAAGCAAAUUAUUUUUCAAGUUCUUUUUGUUUUAAGAAAGGAUGAAGAAUCAGAAGAGUCUUAAUUAUCAUUUUAUAUAUAAACUGGAUUGGAUUACUUUUAAAUGCAUACUUUUCCAUUCAAUAAUAAUAUUUACUAUUUAUGGAAGGCUGACAAUGUGAUUGGAUUUGUCUUAAAUUUUGUUAAUCUAUUUUAAUUAAGUACUUACAUACCUAAUAUCUCUUAUUUUGCUCUUUUGUCAUCUGUAUAUAUAUUACUUGUAAUUAUUUUACUAAUCAUUUUGGAUAUCAUUUAUGUUAGUUAUUCAUUUUCAAAAAAUUAAUUUGCUGCAACAUGGCCUUUGGUUGUAUUGAGAUCAGUUACUUCACUUGUAGUUACUGUAUUGUUUUUGCCAAUAACUGAAACUUUAUUUUCUAUAUUAUAAUGUUAAACAGAUCCAACAACUGGAGAAUAUAUAAUAUCUGGUUAUAGUGAAAUUUAUGUUGUUUGUUGGUAAGGAUGGCAUACAUUUCAUGCAUUAUUGACAUUAUUGUUUAUGUUUAUGUUUGUUGCAAUUUGUGCUAUAGUAGCAUAUGCAUUUUUUGAGCCAGGUAUGAUGAGUGAUGAUAGAACAGCAAGAUAGGAUAGUAAAGGGGAAGUGACAUUCAUUAUUAAUAAGGUAACAUGUUAAGUAUUGUAUUGUUUUUUGGGGGAGAAUCAAUCAUGGAUUUUAGUAUUGGCAACAUUUCUAAUGGCUGUAUGGUUAUUUUGGGAAUAUAAUUUUGAUGAUCCUUAUUAUGAUUUUGAGGUAGGUAGAUUCUAUUCAAUAAUAUCAAGUUAUUAUUUAUGGGCAAACAUUUUAUUAUUAAUGUGUAAGAUAUUUGAGAAUUAAGAUUUUAAUGGAGGAUUUAUUGCAUGGAUAAUAGGAUUACCAUUUAUAGUAUCAAUAAUGUUAAUGACUAAAAAGUCUAAAAUUGAUACUUUAAUUAAAGUAUAGAAGAAGAUUAGAAGUGGUAAGGAGAUUUGGGCACAUAUUCGUUAUGUUUUGUAGCUUAUUCAAUAAUAAGAAAAGGAUAGAAAUUCUUAUAUGCUUUUGAUUGGAUAUAUUGAGAAACAUAAAGAAACUUGUAAAUAUAAUGAUUGCUAUUUUAAAUUUAGUAGAAGAAGAAAUACUGAAUUAGAUAUGAAUGAUAUGAUUAGAGGAUUAAUUUAGGAACUUGAAAAGAUGUUUAAAGAUGGUAUUAAGAAAUUUCCAAAGAGUGCUGAAUUGAAAAUAUUCUAUGCAUUGUUUAUUAUGGAAAGAAAGAAGAAUAAAGAAGGAGCAUAUAAAUAAUUUGAAUUAAUAGAUGAUAAAUGUAAACCAGCAUUAUAUCAAUAAUUUAUUAAAUACAGAUAUAUGUAAGACAUUUAUAUUUAUUAUUUAAUAGGAAAAGUAUUAAAGAAAAUAAGAAAGAAAAUAAAGAUGAUGAUAUUGUAGAGGCAAUUAAAUAUAAUAAUCAUUAAACAAUGUGUGAAAAGAGUAUGCAAUAAUCAGCAAAAUUAUAAAAAGAUUUUUGGGGAGAAUUAAAAGAGGAUUAGCCUGAUUUAGGUAAAUUGAUGAAAUUGGGUGCUGAUAUUACAUAUGUUACUAAAACAGCUAGAUAGAAUUAUGAGGAAAUGUAAAAGAUAUCUUAAAAUGUAUAUUAAAGUGUUAAAAUAUACAGUAAUUUUAUAUUGUAUGUUUUAAAUGAUUAGAAAUUAGGUGGAGAAUUAAGAAAAAUAGCAUAAAAUAUAAAAGAAGAAUUUUAAAAAGAAUUUGGAGGUAGAAAUGAAUUUUUAAAUAUUGAUAAUUAACCUAUUCCAUUUAUAUAAGUGAGUGCUAAAAAAGCAGAAGUAGGUAAGAUAGUAAAUGUUAAUACUUUAUUUACAACAUUUUUUGGAUAUUAAAAAGAAGAAUUAUUAAAUAAAUCAAUAAAUGUUUUGAUGCCUAAAUUAUAUGCUGAAAAACAUGAUAAUUAUUUAAUUGAAUUUUUUGAUAAUAUUGUAUUAAAUCUAAAAUUAGAAGGUGAAAUUGAUAGUUAAUAUUUGGAUACAGAUUAAACUUAAAUAUUUAAACAUAAAAAUGGAUAUAUAAUUCCAUUUAUAUAUCAUGUUACUCUUAAUCUAGAAACAAUGAAAUAUUUGACAACAUUUAAAAGUGAAAAUACUAUUAAAAGUUAAGUCAUUUUUAUUGUUGAUAAUACUUCAAAAAUAAUGGAAAUGUCAUCUGGAGCAAUAAUCUUUUUUGAUUUAGAAUUAAAAUAAAUAGAAAAAGAUAUUUAUCUUAACAAUUAUAUACCAAAUAUUCUAUUAUAAAAUGAAAAACAUAUUUAGUAUAAUCAUCAAAGUAAAGAUGGAUCAGAAUGUAAUAUUAAUAUAAUACUUAAUAGAGACAUUCUAUUUUUCAUGUAUGAUUAAAGAGAUUAAAUUACCAUAGAGAAUGGAUGAAAGUACUCAUGGUAAAGUAAACUAAAAGGAUGAAACUAAUAAUAUAAAAACUGGCAAAUGGUUAGUUAGAUUAGAGAAAUUAGAAAAAAAUGAAGUAAAUUUAGGAGGUCAAUAAAAGAAAAAUAAGAAUUUUGCUGUAAGUACUCGAUAACUUAUAACAACAAAUACAAAUACUAAUAGUAAUCCAAAUUCAUAAUAAUAUCUUUAAACUUCUAAAAUACAAGUUAAUUAAUCAAUUGAUGGAUAAAUACCUAAAUUUGAUACUAAUUUAGAGUUUGAUCAAUAAUAUGCAGUAUUUUUAUCUGAAUUAUAUUCAGAACCUAGGUAUGAUGACUAUAAAAUGCUUUUAAAUUAAUAGGUUGAAAGUGAUGUGAAUCCAGUUGUUGAUUAUUCUUGUGAUAUUGUUGUUAGAAGAUUAAUAAGAAAUUAAAUAUUAAAUAUAGAUGAAGAAAAGGAAUAAGAAUUUUUAUUAUAAUUAGAAGAGGAAGAAGAAGAAAAUUCAAUAUUUAGAUUCAAUUAAAAUUAAUAUGAAGAUGAAGAUGAUUAUAAAAUAUUUGCUCAUAGAAAUUCUUAAGAUCUUAUAAGACGAGUAUUAAAUUAAGAUCACAAACAUAUUAAAAUUACAGAGUUCAAAGUAUAUUCAAAUCUUUGGAUAUUUUUCAUCUUUUUUAUUACAAUUCUUUAAUAUUUAUUUUGUUAAUCAUACUUUAUUUCUUAUAAAGAGAGUAUUAAAUCAAUUUACUUAGUGAAUAAUGAAAUUAUAUAUCAAAAUUAAGUAAUUUCAAGAGUUUUAGAUUUAUGUUUACCUUAAUAAUUUAAUAUUACUUAAUUAUAUCAAGAACUUUAAUAUGCUGCUAAUAAUGCAACAGCAUUUAAUUAAUUUGUUAAUUCUGCAUUAUUAGAUUAUUACUUUGAUAAUCAUUUUAUUACAUUAAGAUUUUAUGAUGGUGAUUAAUAUUCUGAGAUCAAUAUAAAAUUAGAGAGUGCUUUAUUAUUAAUUGAAUCUUUAGCAUUAAAUACAACACUUUUAAGUAAUCAAACAUUCAAUUAUAAAAGUAAUAUGAUAUAAAAUAUUGUUUAUAAUCAUUUCAAUGUAGUUCAUCAAUAAGUUAUUGAUAUUGCUUAUGAAUUAUAUUCAAAUGUAGAAACUUAAAUGAGUUAAUAUGAUGUAAAUCUAUUAAUUACUUUGGGAAUUCUAAUCUUAGUAACAAGUUUAGCAAUGACAAAAUUCAUUACUUUAAUGUUAAGUAUUAAAAUGGAUAGAGAAAACAUAUUAUUCUUAUUUUUAGAUAUUCCAUAAAAACAUAUAUCUAUUUUAUAUAAGAAAGUUGAAUAUUUUAUUAAAAAUUAUAUUAGUAUAGAAGAAUUAAAAAGAAAAAAUGAAUUAGAAGGUUAUGAUUCAAGUGAAGAAGAAUAAAUGUAGGAAGAUUAAAUUAAAAUAUAAAAAAAUCCAGAAGAAGAAGAGAAUUUUAUUUAAUUAUAAUUGAAAAGAAAGAAAAUUAUAGAAAAAUAUAGAAAAAAUAAGUUUAAAGGUAAUUAAGCAAUUAUCAUUCAAUUUAUAUUUAUUGCUCUAUGUACAUUAAUAUUUGCUGUUUACAAUAUCAUCAGUUCAGCUAGUGAAAGAGAUCAAAUUAGAUAUUUACUUCCUCAAUAUUUUUCAGGUUCCAUGGAUAUAUCUGAAUAUGGAAAUUAUCUCAAUAUUUUUAAAUUAGCAAUAUUAGAUAAUUCAUUUAAUUUAAUUAAUUCAACUUCUUAUUAAUCAGCUUUUAAUGAUAUUUAAACUUUUACUGGUAAUCAAUUAAGUUCUGUAGACUUUGCGUCUGCUUUGUUAAAUCAAUUGCCUACAUUAAGAGAUAAGUAUUUUGGAAUUUAUUAUGGAGAUAUUUGUAAUGAAUUAGGACUUACUAGAAGUGAUACUUGUUAUACAAUUAUUGAAGGAAAUCUUGAAUUAGGAAUUUUUAAUGUUGAACAAUAUUAUUUAUAAUAUUUUAGACAUCAAUUAUCAAUAAAUUAAAAAGGUUAACUAGCAUAUGAUCCAUAUAUUUAUUAGAUAGAUUAAUCAAUGUAUAAUUAUGUAAGAAAAGCAGUAGAUUAAGUAUAAAGCUAUUAAUUAUCAAUGAUGACAAAUUAGAUGGAUGAAACAUUAAAUAUUUAACUUAUACUUGUUAUAAUAUUCAUAUUAGUAUUACUAUUAAUUUUUGUAAUCUAUUGGUUACCAUUUCUAACUAGUAUUAAUUCAUAAGUAAAUUUAAUUAAAAAUAAAAUAGAUUAAUUAAAACAUAUAAAUGUUAAAUAUGAUACCAAUAGAUGUAAUUAAGGAUAAUAAGACUAUUAGAAGAUUUUUAAAAAAUAUAAUUAAAGAUAUGAAUAUUUAAGAUUGA